CGCUCCUUCGCGGGUCUUAGUCUUGCGCCAUCUUUACAGUUGUUCGCUCAGCUGAGCCGGGCAGUCGGGGUGCCUCAGACCUCUCAGCGGCUGGAGGCGGAGGUGGACGGGGGGCGCCAUGAGGAACUGGCAACCUGACAGUGCGGAGAACUCCUUAAAUCAACUCCCCGGUCAAAAUCUUGAAACCGGAAAGCCGAAGAGAAGCUACAAGAAGAGGCCAGUCACCUAUAGUCGCUGGAGAUGGUCCCAGCGGAUCAGAGCAAGAAAACACAAGGCACCAGUAAAAGGGCUGGUGUCCUUUGAGGAUGUGUCUGUGGACUUCACCUGGGAUGAAUGGCAGGACCUGGAUGACACACAGAGGAAGCUCUACAGGGACGUGAUGCUGGAGACCUACAGCAGCCUGGAGUCCUUGGGCCACUGCAUUACCAAACCUGAGGUGAUUUUUAAGUUGGAGCAAGGAACUGGGCCAUGGAGAGUAGAAGACGUUCCAAAGCAGAGCUGGCCAGAUGUCCAGAAAGUAACAGAACUGAAAGAAACCAGCCAGGACAAUGAAGAGAGACAUUUGUGGCACCUUGUAAUUACUGACAGCAACACAUCAACCGAGGAGAAAGUUAAAUUAGGAAAAAUUCUUAAUGUGAGCUCAGACUGUGUUUCAAAUCUGACUGUCACGAAUGGAAACCCCUCAGGAAUGAGGCCUGAGGCACUUCCUAAGUGGCAGAGCAUACCUCCCCCUAACGAGCUGAAUGGCAUGCGGACUGGAGAGGAACUUGACUGCUCUCUAACAAGCAAGCCCCCCGUACACGCAGAGCAUCAUGGGUUGUAUAACAGAGCUCCAGGUACUCGGCAGCAUUUUCAGUGUUGUAGGCGAGAAGUGACCUGCAACACAAAGGCAUUAUGGACAAAUAAGCGAUUUCACGUUGCACAUGGGUCCUGUAAGUUUGGUGAGUCUGAGAAAACUCCUGAUGAGGUUGCUCUUAAAGCUCAAGAGAUGAGUUGGGUACGGGAAGAAACUUUUGAAUGUAGUAAUUGUAAGAAAACAUUCUGUACAAAGUUUAAGCUCACUAAACACAAGAAAAUACACAAAGGACAGAAAUAUUACACGUGUAGGGAUUGUGAGAAAACCUUCAGUAAGAAAUCAUACCACAAAACCCAGAGGGUACAUGCAGGAGUCAGGUCCCAUCGAGGUAAACAAUGUGAGAAAUGCUUUCAUCAGAAAACCCAGCAAAACAUGCACCAGAGAGUCCCCAGAGGAGCCAAACUCUGUGGAAUUUAUCAGUCUGAAAAAAGCUUUAGUGAGAAGCCAAAUUUCAGGUGCUAUCAGACGACCCGUGGAGGUUAUAAACCCUACGGAUGUAAUAUGUGUGGGAAGUCAUUUUACCUGAAGUCACACCUCAGCAGGCACCAGAGAAUUCACACAGGUGAGAAACCCUAUGAUUGUAAAGAGUGUAAGAAAACUUUCUAUCAUAAGUCCUCCCUCACGAAACAUCAGAGAACUCACACAGGUGAGAAGCCUUAUGAGUGUAAAAAAUGCAGGAAAACUUUCUACCGUAAGUCAGACCUGAAUGUCCAUCAUAGAACUCACACAGGUGAGAAACCGUAUGAGUGUGAUGAAUGUAGGAAAACCUUCUACUCUAAGUCUCAUCUCGCUUUACAUCAGAAAAUUCACACAGGCGACAAGCCAUAUAAAUGUGAAGAAUGUCAGAAAACCUUCAAUCGUAAGUCAAACCUUACUGUGCAUCAGAAAACACACACAGGGGAGAAACCUUACAAAUGCAAUGUAUGUGGGAAAACGUUUCACCGUCGGUCACACCUCAUCAUGCACCAGGGAACUCACACUGGCAAGAAACCUUAUGAAUGUAAAGAGUGUGGGAAAGCUUUCUACCAGAAGUCGAGCCUCAGCAGGCAUCAGAGAAACCACACAGGAAGCAGACCAUAUGCAUGUGAAGAAUGUAGGAAGACCUUCCUCCAUAAGUCCUCCCUCACUGUCCAUCAGAGAAGCCACACAGGCUACAAACCAUUCUCGUGUGAGGUGUGCAGGAAAACGUUUUAUAGUAAGUCACAUCUCACCGUUCAUCAGAGAACCCACACAGGUGAGAAGCCCUAUGAGUGUAAGUUGUGCAAGAAGGCUUUUCACCAGAAGUCAUACCUUAACAGGCAUCAGGUAACUCAUGAAAGUGAGAAACAGUUUGAAUGUCUAGAAUGUAGGAAAAUGUUUUAUCAUAAGUCGUCCCUCACUGUACAUCAGAGAAUCCACCUGAGGGAGCGCCUGUGAAACUAACGUAGGAAGCUCUGUUAGCAGAAACCACCAGCAGGCAUCAGGCAAGGCACAUGUGGGGCAUUUCCUAUAAAUGUGACAGUGUGGACAAUGUUUUUGCAAGAAGGGACACCUUUGCAGGUGCUAAAUUUAUACAGAAAUUUUGUGUGGCAAAGUUGGCUGUCUUCUCUGGAACACAGUUUCCAUUAUGUGAUCUGCGUGACCAUGUAAUAGCCGUGUGUGUGUGUGAGAUGAUCACUACUUUCAGCCAGGCCCACAGAAAUACAUUUUUUUUCUUCCUCCCUAAGUUCUGAUGAGCUCUGGUUCUGAGAUGAACAGGACCUGCAAGAUAGUCUUGACAUCCAUUAUCAGAAAGUCCCUAGUUUAAGAGAAAUAAAAUUGAAUGGAGAUAGCUCGUUUUUAUCCCCAAAUAUUUUUUUUUCAGUUUGAGGAAUACUUUCUCAAGCCAUUGUGCAUGGUGCUUUUGUAUGAGUGCAUUAACUCACUUGAUAUAAUUAAGAGAACUUACAUGCUCUAUAAUAUUUCAGAGUUUGUACACAAGGGAAACUUGUGCAAAUUGAGAAAGUUUAUCAGAGACGUUUCAUUGAACAGUUUGAAUAAAUCAAGUAUGAAUAAAUUAACAGGUGAAACUUUGAACAAAACUUCCAUGUCAGAAGCUUUGUAAUGAAGGAAAACUAUCAAUCUUUGUAAUUUUAAUAUUAACUUUCAAAAGGAGUUACACCAGUGCCAAUAAAUAUGUGAGUGAUAUUACUGUCGGUCAGA